AAGUGAAUUUUAAUGUUAAUCUACAUAUUACAUUGUCAUAUUGUGCCAACUUUAUUCAACUCCUUCAACCACAAAGAAAGAAAGUAAGAGUAUCGAAGCAGUUGUUCAUCUCCACCAGUUGACAGAAUCUUUGUUGUUCUUGCCAUCUUCUGAAUUGGUGAUGGAGACUAAACUUGUAUGCUUAGAUCGAACCAGUUUGUUAUUCAACUCUUCACACGCUUGUAUCUUUCGAUUUCCUACCUCGUUUUCCUCGAAACCUAAUUUCCGACCUCGGAUUUUAUCAUCAGGAUCAAUGAGUGCCGGGGUGAAAUGUGCCUUGAAGUCUUACAAAUUGUCCGAACUUUCUGUAUCCGAGGUUGAUAAUCUGAAAGCUCGUCCCCGAAUUGAUUUUUCUUCUAUUUUUAGCGUGGUCCAACCUAUUGUUGAUGAUGUCCGCACUCGGGGUGAUGAUGCAGUGAAAGAAUAUACUGCCAAAUUUGACAAAGUCAACUUGGAUCGAGUGAUUGAAGAUGUUUCAGAUUUACCAGAUCCAGAGCUUGAUCCUCACAUUAAAGAGGCCUUUGAUGUUGCAUAUAAUAACAUAUAUGCAUUUCAUGCUGCUCAAAAGUCAGAGGAGAGAAAUGUUGAAAACAUGAAGGGAGUUAAAUGCAAACGUGUAGCGAGAAGCAUUGGUUCAGUGGGACUUUAUGUUCCAGGAGGAACUGCUGUACUUCCAUCCACAGCUCUUAUGCUUUCAAUUCCUGCCAAAAUUGCUGGCUGCAAAACAGUUGUUCUUGCAACACCUCCAAGCCAGGAUGGCAGUAUAUGCAAGGAGGUCCUCUACUGUGCCAAGAAAGCUGGUGUCACUCAUAUCCUUAAAGCUGGAGGAGCUCAGGCCAUUUCUGCUAUGGCCUGGGGAACAUCUUCUUGUCCUAAGGCUGAGAAGAUCUUUGGACCAGGAAAUCAAUAUGUAACAGCUGCAAAGAUGAUCCUACAAAAUAGUGAAGCAAUGAUCUCGAUUGACAUGCCUGCUGGCCCUUCAGAAGUUCUGGUGAUUGCUGACAAAUAUGCUAACCCUGUCCAUAUUGCAGCAGACUUGCUCUCUCAGGCUGAACAUGGACCAGAUAGUCAGGUUGUUCUUGUAGUAACUGGUGAUGGUGUAAAUCUAAGUGCUAUUGAAGAUGAAAUUAGCAAGCAAUGUCAAAGCCUUCCUAGAGGGGAAUUUGCAGCAAAAGCAUUAUCUCAUAGUUUUAUUGUGUUCGCUCGUGAUAUGGUUGAGGCCAUCUCUUUCUCAAAUUUGUACGCACCCGAGCAUCUGAUUAUCAAUGUAAAAGAUGCCGAGAAAUGGGAGAGCUUUAUUGAGAAUGCAGGAUCAGUAUUCAUGGGGCAAUGGACGCCUGAAAGUGUUGGAGAUUAUGCUAGUGGAACAAACCAUGUCCUUCCAACAUAUGGCUACGCAAGAAUGUAUGGUGGGGUGUCACUUGAUUCCUUCCAGAAGUAUAUAACAGUUCAAUCCCUGACAGAGGAAGGUCUGAGAAAUCUGGGCCCAUAUGUGGCAGCCAUGGCUGAAGUUGAGGGACUAGAGGCUCACAAGCGAGCUGUGACCUUGAGGCUUCAAGAUAUCGAGGCAAGGCAGGAGUUUAACUUGAGAUGAUUCGACUUAAACACUUACUGCAGCCCAGGAAGAAAAACAUCGUCUAGGCGUUUUAUGUCGCUCCGAUCUCCUCUACGCCUAGGACGUUGUUUGGGCCAAGAGCCAUAGUUAAUUGUUGUUUCUAUUUUUUUCCGUUAUUGAUACCGACAAAACCCAGCCAGAUGAUUUCUGUUGGUUGGUAGUGAGAGGAUUCUUAGUACCUGCAUACUCAAAAGAGAGCGCUGGUUGAAAAACAAUUAUCAUUUGAUUUUGUUUCUUGCUCUUUCUUAGCAGCGGGAAAGGAGUCUAUCUAUUUGCGUA